ACCAACUCCAUCAGGCAACGAGCAACGGCAUGCGCUGAAAGGAGUUAGUAAAGUGCAGCUAUACGACAACCAACAAGCCAUCGCCCGAAAACCAAGAGAAAUAACGGUGUUAAAUCCAACGGUGAACGUACGGUAAGUUGAAACUUUUUCCUGUUUUGCCUCAAGCCAGCCUCCUUCCCCUCUGGAGCCGGCACAUAAACGAGUACGAUUAUAAACGAAUAAAAUCGCAAGUGCCGCAAAAGCGAUGGAUAUUCUACAUCUAAGUGGGGAUUUGUUCAUCAUCAAGCCUUGAGCCAUGACAGUGAACUAAAACAUACACAGUGCGGAGUUAAAUUUAAAAGUACCCGUGGAGAAGAUAUCCAAGUGCCCCCCAAAAACCCGAGCCCCCGAAGUACUCACAGCUCGAGUAUACCAGUUGCUCCUACCGGAAGAAAUCGACUCUGCCCCCACGGACACUCUUGGAUUUCGGCCGAUUUGGGCAUUUGUUUUGGAUACGACGGUAAAUAGGAUUGGUGAUUGAUCUUAAUUGUUGGUGGUCAAGAUGCGCGAAUACAAGAUUGUCGUUCUGGGCUCGGGAGGUGUAGGAAAAUCCGCGCUUACCGUCCAAUUUGUGCAAGAGAUUUUCGUUGAAAAAUAUGAUCCGACCAUUGAGGAUAGCUAUAGGAAACAAGUUGAAGUUGACGGUCAACAGUGUAUGUUAGAAAUUUUAGAUACUGCCGGAACGGAACAAUUUACGGCAAUGAGAGAUUUGUAUAUGAAAAAUGGUCAGGGAUUCGUCCUGGUUUAUUCAAUCACUGCACAAUCAACAUUCAAUGAUUUACAAGACUUACGAGAGCAGAUAUUACGAGUGAAGGAUACAGAUGACGUGCCCAUGGUGUUGGUUGGAAAUAAGUGCGAUUUAGAAGAGGAAAGGGUAGUGGGCAAAGAUCAGGGAGUAAAUUUGUCGCGCCAGUUCAACUGUGCCUUCAUGGAGACAUCAGCCAAAGCAAAAAUUAACGUAAAGGAUAUAUUCUAUGAUUUAGUGCGGCAAAUCAAUAAAAAAUCACCAGAGAAGAAGCAAAAACAGAAGAAGAAAUCAAUCUGUGCGCUCCUAUAAGAAAAGGUAUAAAAGAACCAAAAUGAUCAAUAUCGUUUAUUAGACUAUCUUUAUUAUAAAUAUAUACAUAUAUAUAUAUUUCUAUAAAUAUAUGUGUGUAUAUUCAUCUAAUAUGUAUAUUAGGACAAAGUGAGUAAGACGUGAAGGCAAGUGCGGAUAUGGGAGCAUCGCCCCCCACUCACCGUCUCGGGCACGGCGCGCGUCGCUAUUUUAUUUAAAACUAUUUCAUCAAUAUUUGUAUUUGUAAUCUAACCGUAACAAUAUAUGUGAGUUAAAAAUUUUUCGAAAAAAAUAAAAUCAAAGUUAUUGCAUUUUUAGAAAUAUCGUCAAUAACUAAAUAGUAAUUAACUCUAUCGCUCUACGUUAGUGAGAAAACAAAAACAUAACAAAAAAAAUAAUAAAUAAAUAACGCGGAGAGAUGAUAAUAGAAUUUCAUAUAAAUCUACUGCCAAUGAAAAAGUGGUGUGUCAAAACGCGUAGGUAGUUUUUAGUUAUUUUUUGUCAUAUUUCUUUACUUAUUACAAUUUUUCUUUUCUUUUUAUUAUCAAUUUUUUUUUAAAUAAAUUUGUUUCGGAUCUAAAGACUAUCCAAAACGGACAAUAUAUUUAAUAAUUUUUUUUCGACCGGGAGUGUGUUUUUUCCCUUUCGUUGUUUUAAUUCCCGUAGCGAGUAAGCGUUGUAGGGUGUAGCACCAGUGCAUAUCUAAGAAAAAAACUAAUAAAAACAUUUAAAAAAAACAAAUAAAUCGUUUUCCAAAAAUAACUUUUUUAAAUUUUAAAGAUGUUCGUUUUCACCUUAAUAUUAUCGAGUAAGCAUUACACCGAGUCCGUUUUGAUCCCGAUUAAUUAAUAAUUGUGCUAUCAAGUAACUUGUAUACCAAAUAUAUGUAGGGUUAAAAAUUCAUUUAUCUCGUAUAGAUUCUUCGACAAUGUGCUUACUCCACAAUAGUAAAAGGUCGAGCAAAGAUCAAUAUUUAUAAAUAAAAACUCACUGUUCAUUUCGAAACAGUUACCAGGUCCAAAAAGAUGCAAAAAAUAAGACAUAAACGAAGUUAAAACAAGCUCGAAUAUAUAGGUACUUGUGAUAUAAUUAAAGAUAAAAAAAAUGACACUACGAGCACUCGAUUUGUGUCCCAUUUGCCAAAUUUCAUCUACUUAAGUAAGAAAAAAUGUAUUGGUAAUUUUUAAUAACAAAAAAAUAAACAAAUAAGUUGUUAAAAAUUAUUAAAAAUCAUUAAAGUGUUAUAGUUACGUAAAUUUUAGGAUUAAAAAGUCAUUUCAUACAAUCAACUUAGCGGUAAGUCUUAAAAUUAAAUUAAAUAAUAUAAGGUAUGUUCUAGCAACUUUAGAAAAGGUUGGAAUUACUUUAAAUUUCCAACUGUUUACAAACACUGCUAAAACAAACCUAUUAAAAAAUAGAAUAAAAAAGACUAAUUCUUUAACUUAAUUUUUGUGUACCGCCCUAGAAGCAAUAACGUAUGCCUUUCGCGUUGAGUUGACUCUUACAGACUCGUUUUGGGACCAUAGUUUCGAUUUCGUUUUCCGGAAUCCCCCGUAAAGGUGCUUCCAUCGUAGGCGUUCCGUUUAACAAUUAAAUAAAACGAAAUAGUAAAGAAAUAAAAAUAGUCGUCUUAAAAAAAUAACGAUGAAUUACGUGAUAUAUAAACGUUAUAGACUUAUGUGUGUUUUUAUAAUAUGUAUGUUUCAUUAAGUAGCUGUUAACGGGGGAAAUGAACAGUGAGUUGCGUCGAGUUUGGAUUAGUGUGCGUUAAAAAAAAGAAAAUAAAAAGACUUUUGUGAUAAGGGGACACCGAGCUUUUUUUCGUGUACGUGGGUAUAGCCGCUCUAUUCUUCGCACCUGCCUAUUGCACAAGUGAAGUCGCGGAUUCAAAUUGAAGUUAAAAAAAAUAAAAAAUAUAUAUAUAAAAAUCGAAAAAACAAGUUGAAGCAUUGAGAUAUAUCCAGACGCAGACUUUUGUCACACAUACCGCUCGCCAAAAAAAAGAAAAAAAAGAUAAAGAAAAAAAAUCUUUUCGAAAUUCCGUUAUACAUAGUUAAUAUAUACAUAUAUAUAUACAUCUAUAUAUAUAUAAUAUAUUUUUCACAGGAUACUUUUUCUAGAUUCGAAUCACAAAUAUAUGUAUCGGUUGAAAGAAUCAUUUUUUCCAUUGAGAUCAAUUUGACGAAAAAUUGUAUAAAUCGAUCUUGUUGUUUUUUAAUAUAAAUGUAUGUUAAUGUAUUCUAAUGAGAUAAAUAUAAAUGAGAAACUGAAAUAUUU